CUUCGCUCCACUCAACCUCCGAAACAGCAUGAGUCACAUCAAGGACCAAGUUGAUGGGUGGAUAGAGUGCGAUAAGCAGUCGAUCGUCGAUCUUUUUUCCGCCCUUGUACGGUGCAAGACUCCUAGCCCUCCUGGGGACACACGAGACGCAAUGACCUUGGUGGAAAUGUUCAUGUCUUCACAAAAACUUCCUUUCAAGAAAGCCACGGCCGUUGCAACAAUGCCUAACCUCGUCUCUACGGUUAAGAUGCCUGCAGAGGGGCGACAUCUCAUGUUCAGUGGCCACCUCGACGUCCUGCCCGCUGGUGACGAGUCGGGAUGUGUCGAUGACCCAUGGAGCGGGAAUGUGUCGGAUGGGCGAGUAUAG